AUAGGUGGCGGUACUGAGCUUACAGGUUUGCGAACCGUCGUUAAACAAAAAGAGGAAGAAAGUCCUCGGCGGUUGUGCACACUGUGGACAAGAUGGUUGGCUCUAUGUGGCGGAUCAGUGGGGCAGUGAAUCGAGCUCUUUCUAGAGCUGGUUACCCUCUUCUGGUGUCUCUGAGACGAGGACAGGCCUCUGUGUCGUAUGCUCAGAGCCUGCUUGGAGCUCCAGAAACACGGCUAACUACUCUAAGCAAUGGCUUUAGGAUUGCCUCUGAAGAGACCAACCAAGCCACAUGCACGGUUGGCCUUUGGUUAGGUUGUGGGAGCAGAUACGAGUCCGAGAAGAAUAAUGGAACUGGAUUUUUUCUGGAACAUAUGGCGUUUAAAGGCACAAAGAAGCACCCACAGGCCGCUCUUGAACAGGCAGUGGAGUCUAUGGGAGCACACUUGAGUGCGUACACCUCACGGGAACACACUGCUUACUACAUGAAGACCCUCGCCAAGGACUUGCCUAAAGCCGUGGAGCUCUUGGCAGAAGUAGUUCAGAGCUCAUCUUUGAGUGAGGCUGAUAUCGAGCAGCAGAGGAGUGUGGUGCUAAGAGAGCUGGAGGAGGUACAAGGUAGCUUGCAGGAUGUUUGCCUGGAUCUGCUCCAUGCCACUGCCUUCCAGGGUACUUCUCUGAGCCACAGCGUUCUGGGUCCCUCUGCCAAUGCCAGGAAACUGACUCGUGAUGAUUUAGUGGAGUACAUCAAUAUCCAUUAUAAAGCUCCUCGCAUGGUCCUGGCUACAGCUGGGGGAGUCAACCACGAUGAGCUUGUGGCUCUGGCCAAGCAGCAUUUCAGCGCUGUUCCUCAUGAAUAUGAAAUCGAUGCUAUACCUGUUCUGUCCCCAUGCCGCUUCACUGGGAGUGAGAUUCGCAUGCGUGAUGAUGCCAUGCCCCUAGCACACGUUGCUAUUGCUGUAGAGGGAGCUGGAGCUGCAAGCCCUGAUAUCGUGCCUCUUAUGGUUGCCAAUUCCAUCAUCGGUAGCUAUGACAUCACAUUUGGGGGUGGCAAGCACUUAAGCAGUCGGCUGGCUCGCCUGGCUGCAGAGCUGAACCUGUGUCACAGUUUCCAGGCUUUCCACUCUUCAUACAGUGACACUGGACUGCUGGGUAUAUAUUUUGUUGCAGACAAACACAAAAUAGAGGACAUGAUGCAUUGGGCUCAAAAUGCCUGGAUGAAUUUGUGCACCACAGUGACCGAGAGCGAUGUGGCUCGAGCCAAGAAUGCUUUGAAGGCUAGCUUAGUGGGACAGCUCAAUGGAACCACCCCUGUUUGUGAUGACAUUGGCAGGCACAUACUAAACUAUGGUCGUCGUAUCCCUCUGGCAGAGUGGGAUGCCAGAAUUGAGGCUGUGACUCCCAGCAUUGUCCGGGAUGUCUGCUCUAAAUACAUCUAUGACAAAUGCCCAGCUGUUUCUGCCGUUGGUCCAAUAGAGCAGCUGCCUGAUUAUAACAGAAUGAGAAGUGCUAUGUACUGGCUCCGAUUUUAAAUCUUCCCUGGGCUGUUAACCCCAAUGAUGUGAUGUGUUUCUUUGCAACUUUUUGUCCUCUCAUUUUCGUACCCCUAUCUCAUAUGAAAUUAAUGAGCAGCAUAUUUGCUCGUUUCUUUGCCAUCUUUCAAGCUCAGAUGAAGAGAGAGAAGAGAAUAUGGUACAUUUAAAUCUAGACACGGCACAGAGCUAUUUAUAAAUAUAUGUAAUGUUUUGUUUGUCUAUUUUGUAUAUAGCAAUAGCUCUCAUUCCAACUUCAAAUAAAACCCGUCACAUCAA